CGCCCACACAAGUUCUCACAAAACCUCAGCCACCUCAGUUAGGGCCCAAAACAUACCACAAAAUCAGACCCAACCUAUCUGUUACAUGCAAAGGCCAAGGAGCAUCCACACUGAGCCCUGACACCAAUAUAUGUUUAGACCAAGUGGUGUAAGACGCCCAUCAAGGUGGAUAAGGAACCUCACCUUGCCGAGCAUGCAUGGGAAGCAUUGCUUCCAUUUCAUACCAUCCUUUUCUUCAAAAUCUAACAACAUAAGUUCUAUUCUCUUGACAUCUAUUAAUUACUAGUUUACUACUCCCUUCCACAUCCAACUAAAUCCUCUAACCGUGGAGCAGGGCUUCCUCCCACCCCAUACCCAAACACUUCCAAAUCAUGCCAAUACUCUCCACGACAGUGCACCUCCAAAGAUGCAAAACUCCAGGAAAUGCGCACAUAAAUCACCAUCUUGCACAUCCUAAAUCCUUGAAUUCUAAUCCAUUGAAGAAGAGCAUCUCCAUGAAGAAGCCAGAUCAUUGGCCGGCGCCGCAUGGAACCAAGACCUCAUCAGCCCCAGGAGGCCAAGAUUUUGGCAAACCAGAAAGGGUCGAUAGAUUGCACUCUGCUAUUAAGAAUCGAAGCAUUAAAGAACUUUUCGACUUGACUGGUGAAGAAUGCCGAGACUACUUCAAUCUUCUUCUGGCUGCCAUUGAUCCUUCUGAGCUGAGUAAGAAAGCUCUCGGCAUGUUCUAUGCUUUCUUGGUGGCAAACCGGAUACAGUUCGUGAUCAAGCCGACCAAGGAUGAGGGAGUGGAUUUUGGCAUGAAAUGGCGUCUAGAAUGGAAAGAGAAUCAACUGCCAUUAGGACUUGGUUGUAGCCUCUACACGUCUCAUAUCUAUGAAGGGAUGGUGUCUAUAAGGAAAGCAAGGAAUAUUAUAGAGCCAUUGCUCCACAUGGGACCUCUUGGACCGAUGCUGGAAAAAAUCUUUUUGCCUAUGAUAGAUAGGAUUGUACCCUCAGGCGUUCUUGAAGGGAAGAGAAGGGUUGCCUCUGUGUACUGCUUUCUUAGUCUCGUAUUCUUGGUUAUAUUUCUUGUCUCAUUGAAGAACACAUUUGUUUUACAUGAGGAAAAGUAAUGUAUACAUUUAUUCAUGACUCUUUUGCAUGCACGUCGACAAAAACAAGACUACUAGAUGGUAAGGGUGGCAAUCGGCCGCGUGAGGUGGGACAAGAACAUAUGCAUUAGGUCGGAUAUAAGAUAUAUUAAAAAUUUAUCAACCUAUUUCUAAUCUAUUUAUUAAACAGAUCAAAAAUCUAGAUAUGUACUAAACUAUUAUAUUAAAUAGGUAAUCUAAUGUGAUUUACAAAGAGUUAAAACAAGUUAAACAAAUUAAAUGAUUAAGAAUAUUUCAAUUUCAAAGACAGCUCAACACUCUUUGACUCGAUAUAGAUAAAAACUAUGCAUG